AUGCAGCAACGUCGAGAAGAGAUUCUUGCCAAAAAGGCGAAGCUCGCAGAGCUUAAGCGCCAGAGGGAGCUUCGGGCUUCCAACCAGACGCCGUACAACCGCACUGGCAUGAGCUCGCCCAGCGAGCUGGUAUCACCGACACCCCGAGGAGAUAGUCGCCGCGAGAUCGAAACCCUGAUUGACAGCUUGGUCGGUAGUAGCAGGCCCAGCUCGAUCGGGACCGGACCCCCUGGAUCGCCAGCGCCCCGUGGAAGCAGGCCGAAUAGUGUGCUCAGCGGCGGAGAGAUUAGCAAUGUGACGUCGGAAUGGACUGCGUCCCUGACCGGACAAGGCGGACAAGCGACGCCGGGCCCUACCCCUGUGGCGCUGAAUCUUACCACGGUGCCUCUGACGACCGUGUACGAGUGCCCGCCGAGCCCUGUCAAGGAGGUCUUUUCUUACAGCAAAGGUGUACAAACGACGGAUGAAUGGGCCACCCCAACCAGAACAAGGGCUCAGUCUAUCGCGUCAGAUGCAGACGAUUUCGUGACAUCAACGCCGAACAAACGGCUGAGCAGAAAGGAGCGUGACCGAGAGGAGGAGCUGCGCCAGAAGAUCCGACAGGAGGUGGAAGAAGAGCUGCGGGCGACCAAAGAGCGUAUGGCCGAGGGUGCGGCGGCGGCCCAGCCCUUUUCCACACACAAUUAUCCGAUCAGAGAACUUACUGCCGAGGAACUCGAGGCCGUCACCCACUCGGACGAAUUUGUCGAUUUCCUGGAGCAGUCGACAAAGGUGAUUGAGAGGGCGCUGGACCAGGAGACGUAUGAUAUCCUUACCGACUACGCCCUGCAUGGCCAGGAUUUGGAGGACAAAGACGAAGAAAGCGGUAAUACGGGGGGUAAGGGGGUGCAUCGAGUCAAGGAGGUGACACAGUUCUUUGAUGAUCGUUGGUCUAAAAAGCGAAUGAUCAGUGGGAUUGAUUUUUCGCCCAAGUUCAACGAGCUCGUGCUCGCGUCUUACACCAAGAAUCCGACAGCACCCCACGAACCGGAUGGCCUCGUCCAGGUCUGGAACAUUCACAUGCAUAACCGGCCGGAGUAUGUCUUCACCGCCCAGUCCGAUAUUCUUACGGCAAAGUUCUCGCCCUACCACCCGAAUCUCAUCGUUGGCGGCUCGUACAGCGGCCAGGUCUUGCUGUGGGAUACUCGAGCCAAGUCUGCGCCGGUACAAAAGACACCGUUGACGGGCUACGGCCACGCGCACCCAAUCUACUGCGUGGACAUUGUGGGUACGCAAAACGCCAACAAUAUCAUUUCAUGUUCCACGGAUGGCGUUGUCUGCGGCUGGAGCAUGGACGUGUUUGCGCAGCCGCAAGAGCUGCUCGAGCUGAAGAAUCCCAGCCAGGCAAAGGUGGCGGUCGAGGACGUCAGCCCUACAUGUCUAUCAUUCCCUCAGACGGAUCCCACAUUCUUCCUCGUCGGAAGCGAAGAGGGUACGAUAUUCCCCUGCCACCGCUAUGACCGCGCCGGCGCCAAGGCUGGUGUCGACAAGAAGAUCAGCUACAAGGGGCAUGCGGCCCCCGUCAUGUCAGUCGACUUCCACCCCGCCAGGGGCCCCGUGGAUCUCGGCGACUUGGCCAUCUCGUCGUCGCUGGACUGGAGCGUCAAGCUCUGGAAGAUUCGUGCUCCCGCGGCCACGUCGACGAUUGGUGCUGGAGAUGGUGCCAUCUCGCCGCUGAUAGACUUUGUCCGCGAGGACGUUGUCUACGAUGCCAGGUGGUCGCCGGUGAAGCCGAGCGUGUUCGCCCUUGUGGAUGGAGCUGGAUGGCUGGAAUUCUGGGACAUUGCCAUUGACACGGAGGAGCCGGUCUCGAGGAUAUCGCCGAGCAGCCGGCAAGAAGGCCGGACGAUGCUCUCCAAGAGCUUGAACAAGCUGGCUUGGGAGCCCAACGACGGCAAACGCGUUGCGACUGGAGGCAUUGACGGCUCCCUUACCGUCUUUGAAGUGGCGAGUGGCUUGGGCGGCAAGGAAGGGCUGAAGAAUGAGGAAUGGGCCAAUGUGAAGAAGCUUGUCAACAGGGUGGAGGCCGUGGGCAUGAACGGGGCGAUGAUGGUUUAG